GGGCCUCGCCCUCGCAUAUCGUCGAACCCAUCGACACACCGCAUUUCUGCCAUUGCCAUUGCCAUUGCCAUUUUUACUUCACAACUUCUCCAGCAGCAGAAAACCCUACUCCUCUUCUUUCCUCCUACAUAACCAGAUAAUGACCAAGGAGACCACCCCACCUCCCACCACCACCGACAACAUCACCACCACCACCCACGAACCUCCCUCCCUCCCAGCUUCUCCCCUCGCCAAACGCACCAAGCCCAACACCACCACCACCGAACAACCUAUCCCCAACAUGGGCUCCAACGGCACCCCCCUCCCCCCUCUUCAAGUGAAGAAGCUCACUCCCACCGGCCGCGCCCCAACCCGCGGUUCCGCCUUCGCCGCCGGCUACGACAUGUACAGUUCCAAGGAGACUGUCGUCCCAGCCAAGGGAAAGGUUCUUGUUGAUACGGGGAUUGCUAUUGCUGUGCCGGAGGGAACUUACGGCCGCAUUGCCCCCCGUAGCGGUCUCGCCUCAAAGCACUUCAUUGAUACCGGUGCGGGUGUCAUCGACGCAGAUUACCGUGGUGAGGUCAAGGUCCUACUGUUCAAUUUCUCGGACGUGGACUUCACGAUUAAGGAGGGAGAUCGUGUUGCGCAGUUGGUUUUGGAGAGGAUUUAUACCCCCGAGGUUGUGGUCGUUGAGGAAUUGGCGGAGAGUGUUCGUGGUGCGGGCGGUUUCGGAAGUACCGGUGUUUAGAUUUGAAUAGGGGGUUUGGGGUGGUGGAAUUUGUUGGGAUAGAAUUGGGUUGGUUAUGGCGUAUGAUAAUAAAAAGCAUGGCAUGGUAUGGCAUGGAUGAUAUAUUUCCAUCUACAAAUUAUCUCUUAUUCACAAUGAAAAAUAACUUCAAG